UACUGUACAGUACGUGUUCACAUCAUGGGCGAUCAGAGACACCGUGCUGGUGCGCUGAAACAGCAGAACAAGGCUCACAAGCAUGGAAGACAUAAAUCCAAAGGUGCCGCAGAGUCGUUACACAAAGGGCGUGUAGCAUUGAAAACAGCUACAACUAAACGAAAGGUACUCACAAGACGGGAAGACCGGAGAAAUCAGAUUCGACAACAGAGGAAACAUAAGAGGGCAUUAAGUAUGGAGGAGAAGCGAAGCAAGGGAGGUCAUGGAGGCUAUCCACACAUUAUUGCUGUCAUACCUCUUCAUGUCAAUGUAUCAGAUGUCAGUAAUGUUUGCAGUCUUUUGAUAUCUGGAGAAGAAGAUUCAAUUGUCCACAGCUACCCAUCUGGAAGGACUCUAAUGUGUCCUAAAAUGAAGCAACGAUUUACACUAGUAAUUUGUCCUUAUGGAGACCUUCACUCUUGCUUAGAUGCUGUGAAGGUUGCAGACACUUUGCUGUUUGUUUAUUUUGUAUCAAAAGAGCCUGUGGACUCGUUUGGAGAUCUCCUGUUGACAUGUUUAUUUGCACAAGGCUUACCUUCUUCAAGUCAUGUAGCUCAGGGCUUGGAUCAAGUUCCUUUGAAGCAGAGAAAUGGGCUUAAGAAUGUACUGCAACAGACCAUUGAAAAGCGCUUUCCAAAGGAGAAGAUUCAGCAAUUGAAUACAGCAAAUGAUGGCUCAAAGCUGUUAAGACUAAUUAGUAUGCACCGAUCUAGGCAUGUAACAUGGAGGGAUCGGCGACCUCAUUUACUAGCUGAACAAGUCACAUUUGAGCAUCAGUCUGAAAAUCAAGAGUAUGGAACACUUUGUGUGUCUGGUUACCUCCGUGCUAAGCCAUUGUCUGUGAAUGGACUUGUUCAUCUUCCUGGCAUUGGAGACUAUCAGAUGAGACGUAUUGAUGGUCCAAAUGAUCCCUGUCCAUUGAGCAGAUGUUCAGAUUUGUCAGCUCUGUUAGAAAUGCAGACGGAGGAGAAUGUUGGCAUGGAGGAGGAUAUAAAGGUUUUACAAGAGGCUGAUCCUACAAUUCAGGAGUCAGUACAAAGUGAAGUCAUUCCAGAUCCAAUGGAAGGUGAGCAAACUUGGCCAACCGAAGAUGAACUGAAAGAUGCUGAUGCCAAUCGUCAUGAAAGGCCUUUGACAAAGCAAGUUCCAGAGGGAACAUCUGAUUAUCAAGCUGCAUGGAUUAUAGACAGUGCAGAUGAGGCUGAGAAUGAAGAGUCUGAGGAAGAAUCGAACUCUAACCAUCCAUUUGAACCUGCUGAAGAGAGCAAUGAUGAGGAUAUCGAUGAGACAAUGAGCAUGGCUACAGAGACGGCAGGAGACACUGAAGAGAACUAUGACAGAAAUUAUGAUGAAGAAGAAGAGAGAAGACAGCUGGAGAAGAUAAAGGCAGAGAAAGAGGAGAUGCUGUUUCCCGAUGAAAUGGAUACUCCUCUGGAUGUGCCAGCAAGAACGCGUUUUAAUAAAUACCGUGGCUUGAAAAGCUUUCGAACAUCAUCAUGGGAUCCUAAAGAAAAUCUGCCUUUCGACUAUGCUCGAAUUUUUCAAUUUGAUAAUUUUGCUUGUACAAAGAAACGAGUUUUGCAAGAUGAAGUGAAAGAUGCUGUACUGCCUGGUUGGUAUAUCACAAUUCACAUCAUCAAUGUUCCCAGUUCAUGGGCAGAAUCACUGGACAAAUCGAAGCCCCUUCCUGUCUUUGGUCUUCUACAACAUGAACAGAAGAUGUCCGUGCUGCAUUAUGUGAUAAAGAGACACUCAUCGUACACUGCUCCCAUAAAGUCAAAGGAUGAAUUGAUAUUUCACAGUGGAUACAGAAGAUUUUCAGCAUGUCCUGUUUUUUCACAGCAUACUUCAGCUGAUAAACAUAAAUAUGAACGAUUUCUUCAAAAUGAUGCUGUCAGUGUGGCAACUGUAUUUGCACCCAUCGCGUUUCCUCCUAUGCCGACGCUUCUCUUCACAGAAGAUGCUAAAACUGGAAAUUGUUCUCUUGUUGCCACAGGGUCGCUAUAUCAAGUUAACCCUGACAGGAUGGUCAUCAGGAAGGUUGUGCUUACUGGUCAUCCAUUUAAGAUACACAAGAAGUCGGCUGUCAUCCGAUACAUGUUUUUUGACAGAGCUGAUAUUCAAUGGUUCAAGCCAGUUGAACUUCACACAAAGUAUGGAAAGCGAGGUCACAUCAAGGAGCCCCUCGGAACUCAUGGUCAUAUGAAAUGUGUGUUUGAUGGUCAACUGAAGGCACAAGAUACUGUGUGUAUGAACUUAUACAAGCGGGUAUAUCCCAAGUGGACUUACACACCAGUCGCACCACAACCACAACACACUCAUGACAAAGUAGUAGAAGACAGUGAAAUGAACUAAUACAAGUUCUGUAGUGAUUCUUAUGGAAAUCCUAGUUUAAUAGUUUUAAA